AUGGACUUGGCGAUAAACAUCACCUCAUCCUGCCGAGUGCGAGUGCUCUUGGUGCCUGUUCCACCCAUCAAGUCGUCCACUUUUUGGAAGCAUGUCGAGCUUGUCAAGAAAUUCAGCGUGGUUCGAUUAGGAGAUGUGACACCUGACUUGCAGAAUGGUGCUGGAGCCAUGUUCAGUAGCCAAGUUUUCCAGGAGGGGCAAAUGCAUUUUCAGUUUACUACCACUUACACGCGUGAUCACGCUCAUUUGGAAGAUUUCCAACCACACCGCCGUAUAUUUGGUGUCAUUGGUAUUAUGGAUUGUCAAGAAUGGAAGGAUAAGGAUUUGAGUGAAGGUCAUAAGCAUUUCGUUGAUACACUUCACAAGUAUCCUACUGCCAUUGCUACAAGAUGUUUUGCAUUUGAUCCAACCGAGACACAGCCUGAUGACACCAAAGGUCUGAUCAUGAUCCCGAAUGUCGGCAACAUGUCGUUUUACAUGAGCACGAUGAUAUGCGACUUUGCAAGUGAGAUCCUAAGUCAAUUUGCCAUGUUGGCAUCGAGGAUAGAGAACUUGCCUACGCUUGAAUCACCUUUACCACGUGCUUAUUACAUUACACCACGCUUUGACUCGCCUAGCAACGUAUCGCCUACGCCUUCAGUCAGCACACCAGGCUCUCCAAAUAUGAACCAUCGCACAUCACAACCACCUAAACCCACACAAUCCUCGUCUUCGUCUUUAUUGAAGCGCGCAUCCACCCCCGUUGGCAACUCACGUCCACUUUCAUUUGCACAACAUCAACAAAAACUUACUCCCAAUGUUCCCCAUGGACCCAUGUCACCACCUCUUCCAUCACCACAACCAACACGAUCGACAGGCAAUCAAGGAGACAAUGGAAAAACCAAAAGAAGAACCCCUGCUCGAGUAAAGAAACUCUUGGCUGAUUUAUACCUGUUGGCAGGUCGUCUACCUGAUGCAGUUAACCACUAUACCCAAGCGAUUGAGAUGACAAAGACGACAUCCGAUUAUUUAUGGCUAGGAAGUGCAAUGGAAGGUUUAACAUGCGCUACUUUAUUGUUGGAGUAUCUUCAUGCAGAUGUUGGUCAUAUUGUAUCCAGAAGCCAAAGUGCCCCUGGUGGAAGCACACCUGAAACACCAUCCACACCUACCACGGAUCCUUCACCAUCCACGCUUCUCGAUGAUACAACAUCCACUGUAGCUCAAGUGCUCCAGCGAUACACAGCAUUGCUCGAUUACUAUGACAAAGUCAGCACCACAUCCAGCAUCCCAAUGCCAACCUUGAUCUAUGCAGAGACCCUUGUCAAAAUGGCCCGAUUCAUGCUGACAGUGUACGCCAACAAAGGAUGGAGCGAUCACACAUUGUCAUUGUUGGUGCAAGGAAGACUUUCGUCUGAAGAUAACGGCAUCUUGACGGGACCGCAGCGAUUCAUUUCUAUUGAGGACAUGAUGCGAUACAAAGAAAGUGGAAUUCCACGACACGACAUUGCGGAAUGGGCAACCAAAAUAUGGGUUGUGCAAUUGGAUGAUUUAUCAUUAUUGGAUCAGAUCAAUCUCAUGACGCACAUGUCAAGUGUUCUCAAUGCUGUCGGAUAUCAUCGCAAAUCAGCAUGGCUCAUGUAUGAAAGUGUGAAUCGAAUGCUCCCGCUUUUGAUCCAAGGGCGUGCCACAUUAGCCAGCUCACGUGAUACAACCAAGAAAGAUUUUGGCAAGAGCGAUGAUGGCAUUCUAGAAAUCCUCAAACGGAUAUGCGAGGUGUAUGGACUUGGAGAACGAAACGUGCAUGAUGGUGGUACAUUGGAUGCCUUGCAAGGUCAAGAAGAUGGAUCGGAUAAGAAUGUGGGUGAUGGCGUGCGAGGUGCCGUAUCCAAGGAGCCUUUACGUUUUGGAUGGCCCAAGUUGCAGAUUGAUAUCCUUCGACAAUGCAUUGCCAUUGCCGAGGCACUUCCAGAUUAUGGUGCUGUUCUCUACUAUACCACUGUACUACUGAAGAAUUUGUAUCAAUACAUAUCCAAGGAAGAGCAGAUUCGUUUGGCAACAUCGAUUCAAAGAAUUGUGGCUAUGGGCAAACGUGUUCGUCAAGUCGAAAGCAAUGUCAAUUACUGGGGCGUGAAUAUUGUCUCUGCAGUCGAAGCCUUGCUGCCAAUUCCACGCAAAGCCGUUUAUCAGCAUUCAGCCAAAGGCCGUGUAUCACCUGCAGCAGCUGCAGCAGCCAAUGGCGACCCCUUUAUUUACAACCCAUUUUCACAAAAACGUAAUGAAAAGCAAUCGGUCAUCUUGGUCAAGAACGAGUUAUGUGAUUUCCGAGUAACCCUCACCAAUCCUUUUGGAUUCGAUUUGGAAUUACAACAUGUUGUAUUAAGUACAACGGGUGUGCCAUUCAAUGCCGUGUCUGCCACUGCUACCAUCCCCGCCAAUGGAACCUUGAAUUUGCGAUUGACAGGCACCCCUGAAGAAACAGGAACCCUCGUGGUGCGUGGGUGCAUGAUCAAAAUUGUCGGCUUUGCAGAGCAAGAGUUCCUUGUGGAUUAUGGUCAAAAGCAAAAGAAGGAAGCUGCCAAGGAUCCCAAGAACAAGCAUGAGGAUAGCAACAACAAGAGCGAAUUCAUCAAAUUGAAACAUAGUGGUUUGAGUGCCAUUCAAUCGAGUCGCAAGAGGGAAACAUCAAAUGAAUUACGCCCGGUCCAGUUUUACGAGCUUUCUGUUAUUGAAGAUCAGCCAUUAUUGAAGAUUCGGUCAACCUCCUUACUACAUGAUGCUGUCAUGCUUUAUGAAGGAGAGAUGACGCAUAUUUCCAUUGAAUUGGAAAACAUCGGCAACAUCCCUGUGGACUUUGCAAGCCUUUCAUUUGUUGACUCAACUACAGCCAACCCUCUUCCUGUCAAUCCCGAGUUACCAGUCGAAGAGCAAUAUGAGAUUGAGUUGUAUACCAAAGGGAUGCAUGUUUUCUCUUGGGAAGGAUCCAAAGAAGAGAUGGCCCAAUUCGUGGGUAAAAAGAUAUGGCUACCACCAGGCGACUUAUGGAAAGUCAAUGUCAAUGUUUAUGGUAAACGUGGAUGCACUGGUGGCACCAUUCAAAUCGACUAUGGAUAUCUCAAGCGUGAUGAGCAUGAAGCAGAUUCUUUCUAUACGAGACAACUUUAUCUUCCGGUGCUCAUUACAGUGUAUCAGAACUUGGAGCCUCUCAAUUGGGAUAUCCUCUAUCUACGACAUAGCGCACCUGUGCCAAAGGCAGAUAUCGAUGAUGCUCGUGGACGUAUCGCAAAGAUUGGUUUGGAGCCUAGCAACGCCUAUGAUCAGCCCAUUGAAGACCUAUUGCUUAUUACACGUCAAUUUGAUGACCAGAAAAGCAAAAAUGACUAUUGCCUUGUGACGCUGGACGUUCGCAAUACGUGGACUGUACCCUUUGACACCAAACUUGUGAUUGACAAUGGUGAUGAUGAUAAACUCACAUCCAUCGUUACACUUCAACCAGGAUCAACCAAAAGAAUCACCUUACCUGUCAAACGACUUUUCCUUGAUCCCGAAGAAUGUUAUCAACCCGUACCAUCACUCGAACCCAACAAGCAAUUUGUGGUAUCUCAAGGCCCUAAAAUCCCUCUUGAACAAGAACGUGCUCGACUACAAAUGUUUUGGUAUCGGGAAACCCUUCUUCGACGCAUCACAGCAUCAUGGCAUUGCAAUUCCACGGGUCGACACGGUCUCCUGAACAUACGAUCAUCCUUGCGACUUACACCCAUGCAACUUUCCAUUUUGAAAAAGGAGGAUAUUGAGUUUAUCGUCGAGAUGACGAGCGAUCAUGCGAAAAAAGUCAGCCACCGACGUUUUGAAUGCAAGAGCAAUGAAUUUGUCACAAUGAAUGUAUCGAUAAGAAACCGAAAUGUACAUCCGAUCAAGCUGAUAUUACGUGUGCAACCCGUCCAAAGCUAUGAUGAUGGUGCCAAGGAAUACGAUUUGACUGGCAAGUUAUUAAUACAGGGUUUGCAGCAGGUGGUGUUACCUGAGGUGCCACCAAACGACGGUAUCACAACACAUCAACUCCCCAUGUGUUUCCUAUCACGAGGCCAAUUUGAAUUCUUGUAUCAUGCAGAAGAUGUACACACCCAGCAUGUGUAUUACGAUCACGAAUGGGCCAUUGUUGACGUUUAUGACAAUUAG